CAUAAUUUAUCAUUAUGCAGUUCAAACCUUAACCAUGUCAAGUAUAAAUUACAAAUCAAUCGAUGUAUAUGUCUUCAUUUAGUGAAGUAUUUUUUGGAAAAAACUGUGAAGAAAUACAAGUACCAUGAAAGGUAUAACGCUGUUGCUCAUAUCAACAGCAGCUCUUGCCCACGCUAAUCCUGCUCGGUAUUUUGGAAAUGGAUGUCCUAAAGAUUCCAGCCAACUUCUGCCCCACCAGGAUUGCGGCCGGUUCUAUAUAUGUUUUGGAGAAACAAAAAUUGUUAGAGAAUGCCCAUCUGGGCUGCAUUUUAACGCAGAACUCGAACUGUGUGACUUGCCCCAAAAUGUGAAAUGCAAUAUGAAUAAACUUAAACGCCAUUUAAAGUUUAAAGUAGAAGAAAUACUUAAACGUAAAAACGAAAAUCCAUCAGCACUGUGUGCCAGCAAAAAUUCUGAAGGAAUUUUGAUCCCUCAUGAAAAAUGUAACCAAUUUUAUAAAUGCUCAGCAGGCCGCCCAGUUGAGUUCAGUUGUCCUACAAAUCUUCUUUUCAAUGAAAUCAAUCAAAUGUGUGAUUGGCCUGAAAAGGUAGACUGCGAUAACAGAUUAAUGGCUGAUGACACUGGUAGUGAAAAUAACAAUGACAAAAAUGAUGAUAGCGUAGUAGUUGGAGGUGAUAAACAUGAUCCCAGCCAAGCUCCUGUUAUCUGCGCUUCUGAAAAUUCGGAUGGAGUUUUGGUUGCACAUGAAGAGUGCAAUCGAUUCUACAAAUGCUUUGACGGACACCCAGUAGCCUUAAAUUGUCCUAAUAAACUUCUCUACAAUCCAGAACUGGAAUAUUGUGACUGGCCGUGGAACGUCAACUGCGGACAAAGAGAAAUUUUUGAGGACAACGAUGUUGUUGACAAUAAUGGCGACAACAAUCAGGUCGGUAGUGGAAACGUUGGCAAUAAUGCUGACCCAAGUGAAGCACCUAAAAUUUGUGCAGAAGAGAACUCGGACGGGAUUUUAGUUGCUCAUGAAAAUUGCGACCAAUUCUACAAAUGUUUAGGUGGUAAACCACUUGCUCUGAACUGCCCAGACAAUCUAUUUUACAACCCUGAACAGGGUUACUGUGACUGGCAGUAUAAUGUUAAGUGCAAUAAUAAAGUGAUUCCUGAAGAAAAUAAUGAUAGCAUUGGAAAUAAUUUCGCUAACCAGGUGUGCUCAGGCAGAAACGACGAUAUUAUGUUACCUCAUGAGAACUGCAAUCAGUUCUAUAAAUGUGUUCACAACCAUAAACAACCUAUGUACUGCCCACCGGGUUUACACUUUAACACCAUACUUAAUGUCUGUGAUUGGCCUUUCAAUGUUGACUGUGGACAGCGCAAUAAGUGUCUUGCUUUAGUUCUUCUCUGCGUAGCUCUUGCUCACGCAGAUUCCUCUUGUUCCGAUGACGAUCAGUUCUUACCUCAUGAAAACUGCAACCAAUUCUACGUGUGCAUGAGUGGUGAGAAAAUUCAACUGUUCUGCCCAAAUGGCCUUAUGUACAACACUGAACUUGAAACAUGUGACUGGCAUGAGAACGUUGACUGCGGUGACAGACUUAUACCUGAUGAAGUUGGUGAUGGAAACGAUCACCCAACCCAACCAGGAGGAAACAACUUCGAUGACCGCCUCGCUGAGGUCAUCGAAGUUGUUGCUAUCUGCGCCGCUGAUAAUUCAGAUGGAAUUUUGAUCGCCCACGAAAACUGCAACCAAUUCUACAAAUGUGGUGCAGGUCGUCCCAUUGCCUUGGUGUGCCCUGAGGGCCUUCUGUACAACCCAGAAAAAGAGUUCUGUGACUGGGCAGCGAACGUAGACUGCGGUAACCGCGUUCAAUGUCUUGCUUUAGUUCUUCUCUGCGUAGCUCUUGCUCACGCAGAUUCCUCUUGCGCCGAUGACGAUCAGUUCUUACCUCAUGAAAAUUGCAACCAAUUCUACGUGUGCAUGAGUGGUGUGAAGAUUCAACUGUUCUGCCCAGACGGCCUUAUGUACAACACUGAACUGGAAACAUGUGACUGGCAUGAGAACGUUGACUGCGGUGACAGACUUAUACCUGAUGAAGUUGGUGAUGGAAACGAUCACCCAACCCAACCAGGAGGAAACAACUUCGAUGACCCCAGCGAGGCUCCUGCUAUCUGCGCCGCUGAUAAUUCAGAUGGAAUUUUGAUCGCCCACGAAAACUGCAACCAAUUCUACAAAUGUGGUGCAGGUCAACCCAUUGCCUUGGAGUGCCCUGAGAACCUUCUGUACAACCCAGAAAAAGAGUUCUGUGACUGGCCAGCGAACGUAGACUGCGGUGACCGCGUUCGAUAGAAUGAUUUACAACGACGUAAAGGAAUGGUUUUGUGUUGUUUUAUGUUUACUACCGUUCAUCGAUAUUUUUACUAAUAUUACCGACGGUUUUCCAUUGUGUGUUUAAAUAAAUUAUUAUAAAGAAAAA